CGCCUCCAGCGCAUUCCGGUCGUCGACCGAGUUCCCCAGGCUUCAGGGGAUGUGUUGCGUGAGGAUCACCCUCGAUGUCUAGGAGACUAGAGGCUCUCAACCCUCGGGUCCCAAAAGUACCGCCGAUUGCGACGUUGUUCUGCUACAACAGUAGCCGGCCGGGGGACAGCCCACUUCGCUGUCAGCAUGGCUAAUACCGCACCAUCAACACCGGAGACCCCGCGACGUCUUGCUGUCAACCGCUCUUUCACGCUUCCUUCGAAGCUCGCAACCACUUCGCGAGCUGGUACCACUGCGGAGAUAGGUGCAAUGGAAGGGGUUGAAACGCUCUAUGUUCACCCCAAUGCGAACAUCAUCAAAUUUACCACACCUUCGUCGCGUCCUGCUAGCUCUGGAUCGCCGCGCACACCCAGAGAUCUUGGUUCGGGCGCACUACCAUGGGUGUCACCUACCGAAAGGACGCUGGCGGCAGGUCCUUUAGAAAUUUACCGCGUACCAGGUUCAGUCUCAUUUCUACGUUCAGGAGCAUUGCUGCAUGCCAUCUUACCACGGAGUCUGUGCUGGUGCGUAGAUGGCAUCUCAAAGUUUGCCUUACGAGUGCUACCCGACACAUACUAUCGCAUUGAGCUUCCUGCACACACUCCUGAGGACCAUGCAAAAGUGGAAGAGAUCAAAGAGGUCUUGUCUAAGGUGCUGUUCUACGAGCGGAUAGCAUGUCCCUUCAACAGAGGCAUUCAGGAGGAGUUGCCCACCGUAGAGGAACUCGAUGGGAGAAAGAAGACUCGGAGAAGAAGCCACGGACCUGCCAAGAAAUGGAAGCUUGAUCGUGCUUACAGCUGGAAGCCUGAAGAUGGCAAAGAGCCAGAGAGAAGAGCGAGCGAAGUUUCCAACGAAGCCGACGACUCAAGUGAGCUUGGGUCAGAGGAAGAGGAAUGUGAGCCCGAGCAGCAAGCGGAGCAACAGGUCGAAGCAGGUGCUGCACUACAAAGCGUAGCAACACCGUCUCGGCCUUCUACACUACCGACACUACGCUCCGCGACCGCACCGCCUCCUUUGACCGUGCGCACGCCUGUUCGGAUGCGAGCUAGUAUCUUUGUGGACGGUACGGUCGAAGUUAGCAGUGCAGCAAGCAUCCCUGCACCGAAGCUGGACCCUGGACGUCUACGUACAUUUCAACCGAUUCUCACUGACAUGCCGCCUUCGCCACCUGAUUCCAGCGCUGGCUUAGAGAGCAUAGAAGUGGCAGGCCCAAGUUCGCUCCAUUCGCCACUUGUCGAUCCCGUGCCUGACUCGCUUCAUGAUGUGCGCGUCGAGGAAGCAGGAGCCACCGCCGCCGCAUAUUUUAGCGAAAGCCAAACUAGUGAGGCAUUGCCCGGGCCUGAAGGCGCUCAAUCGUCUGAUAGGGAGGCUGCCGAUGCCGAGUAUACUGGUAGAUGGACGGAAGAGGAACCCCAACAUGCUGAGGCGACACCUACCGAGUCAUACGAGCUACCGAAGAUCGUACGUCAACGAUCCUCAGACGACCCGUUCGCCGCAAUACAGGCACGCAUACUCGCCCGACGCUCCAUUGGCGGCACAACUUCCUUCCAUCCGCCUCUAUCAACGACAUCAUCGACUUCAUCCACGUCAUCGACGAGCACUCUUGCCUCCCGGCGGUCGUACGCCACGCUCCCGCAGCAGCAGAACAUGGCUUCGGCACUGGUCAAGAAAGCCUGCGCUGUCUUUUUAGGCCCACCCGCGCAUCUUGUAGCGAUUAUGCUACGUAUAGCUGCUCGAUUCACGAGCGGUGCGCUCGGCUUUGGGAGCUGGUUUGUGGUGGAAUCACCACGAGGCCACAAACGGGUUCCUGGGAGCUUCAACCUGGAAAGCAUCGAUGCCGACGAUCUGGAAGGAGAUAAUGAGCUUGAGGAGUGGGAAGAGGAUGACUUUGGUGUCCCGCUCCGAAGUCCUGUAAGGCUCGCUAAGAUGCACUCUGCGCUCGACGCAGUUACUGGUGCACAAGAGCGGAAACGGUGGGUGGAUGACUGACGGACAGCUAUGUGGAGCGUUCAUUAGCUUUUGUAACUGUGAUGUUGAGAUAUGUGUUAGCGUGGUGUUCCGGACUUGUGUCGAAAAGA